AUGCCAGCCCUGAAGGACCUUGUGUGUCAGGUCCUGUGGGCUGAGACAGGCUCUUCAUUUCCAGAAUAUGGCACCCAAUAUGGAGACGGCAUCCUCGAGACUUACAUCGCUGUUCCUGACCAUCCUCAGGCCUUCUGUAUCCGCCUCGCGUCGCGGAAAUUCAUCUACGAAGGACUGGCCAUGGUGGUCUUCAUCGACGGAGAGUAUCAGUGUAACCGGAACAGAGUCAAUCUACAACCUUGGAAGAAAGACACAUCCCCAAGUAAAAGUGUAGUUGAGUUUGUUGUGAGACAGAAAGAAAAACCUAUGGGAGAUGGAACAUACAUGGGGCGCGAGUGGCGCUUUGAUGACUACAACAUUGUACCAGAACUGCCUCAGGGUGUUGACCAUAGCCAUUUUCGUGAGCUCGGCACAAUCGAAGUCAUAGUAUUGCGCUGCCGAAUCCCCGACCCAGAGGAGAACAACAUGUCGACAGCUUCUUCCGCCGCGGACAGUGAUGUGCUUGCUUCAAGGCCUGAAACCGAUGGUCAAACAACACAUCAACUGGCCCAAACCCCACAGGAACCCGACACGGGAGCCGAAGCAGACAAUCCUUUUGCCGGUUUGCCUGGAUCUUUCGACGGUCCGAGUGACGAACCGCCAAUCUACUACGGUAGUCAAGGUGAUGCCCCUCCGAAUGGGUACCCUAGGUGGAAUUGGCAUCCGCAGGGAGGUCAGCCUGCGCCAUAUGUACCGCAUGAGGCAGCCUCAUAUCCUCAGAGCUAUCAUCCAAACCUGGUCUAUCACGUCCCGGCCCGGCCGUCACAUGGAUAUCGAGCUUCACCUACGCCCUCAUAUGAAACCCCUCCUUACCGUCCUCCAAAGCCUGAACGACGUGUUCACUUCGACUUCGGUGACGGUAGAGGGCCUCAGCAACACCGACCUACAUCCUCUUAUGUGAGGUACGAUGAUCAAGCUCGAUAUCAUGGUCCAACCGCUUGGAGAGAAGAGCAUGAAUACGACCGACCUGCACCCCAGCCGGAUUACCGCGAAGGGCCCAACCAUAGAGGCAUGAAUCCAUACUCGGAUUAUCCUAUACCUCCCCAUGACCGCCAUUACAUGUACGACGCUGAACGGAAGGCUUACGGCUACUAUCCUGAGGUCAACCUGCCUCAUGAUAGCUAUCGGUCGCAAACCCCACCCGGUAGCUCCUUCGUGGUGCAUGGAGUUCCCGGUCCAGCAAUUCCUCCACAUCAAACGAACCCUCCACCCACAGCAGUGCCGAUGCCCGGUCCAACACCAGUAUCAUUCCCAGUCCCACCACCCUUCCCAGCAGGACCUUGGUCGACAACUCAACCACAGCCAGCGCAGUAUCCUGUUCCAGUCUGGGUGCCUCCGCCUGCGGGCUCAGCUCAUCCCUUCGUGCCAGGAAUGGUGCCAAUCUAUCCUCCGCCUCACAACGUACCACUGUUCCAUACUCAGGGCCCUAACCCCGUUGUAAGCGAGGCCACCAUUCCACCUGUCACAGCUGCUGCAAGCUCGGGACCCGGUCCCACUGUCACUCAAGCUGAUGUUGACACUGCACAGCAGCCAGCAACUCGGCAACAAACAGAUCUUCCUGACACUACAAAAGAAGAGGCAAAAGCCGCCACUAACCCGGAAGUCAAGGAUGCUGAAGAUCCUCCCAAAGAUGUGAUCGACAACACCAACAACAAUGACAGCAAUGACACCUGGGCAUUUGAUGCUGCUGCAAAGGUUAGUGAUGAUAAAAACGAUACAGGGUAUGCCAACAACGAUUCUGGAAAUGACCCAACCUGGGGAAAUGACAACCAAGAUAACAACGAUACAGCAAACAAUGGUGCUGGUUGGGACCAGACGGAACAGAACAACAAAGGUUGGGAGAACAACGACCAAAACGCCGGUAGUGGCAACAAUCAGGCGAAUGGAGACUGGGGCAACAAUCAAAAUGACAACUCGAAUGACGACGCGAAGGCCAACGACGAGCCGACUUCUAACGCGGGCCAGGCCAACAAGCGAGCUCUUUAUGGUCCCCAUGGUGCCUAUUACACCACGAAAGCCGCAGCGGAAACUGCGAUAGCCCCCGACGCUGAAGAAGAACCCAGAUACGAUGUACCUCAAGCCAUCGCUGAGAGAAUCGGGACGUCCAAACAAGUCCACCCUGGGCAGGGAUACAUCUACAGUAAAAAGAGGUGUGUUCCGGAAUACAUUGACAAUCUCAAAGAACCUUAUGCCCGGUUCGUGUUCAAGUAUCGCACGAAAGAACAGAUCCGGAAGGAAAUCGGGGUGGACAUCGGACAUGAGCCAACGGCAGAUGAGGAUGCAAACGCACUGGAGAGCUUGGAUAAGGCCGCACUGAUCGAGAUGGUCUUGAGGGCCAAAGGCGCCUUGGGAGGGAAGAUACCCAGCCCACCAGCCAGAUUCGCCACACCUACUUCGACGCAGUCUUACGAACAAAUCCCAAUCACCGCGCCUGAUGUCGACUUCCUGACUUACAAGUUGCCACCAAGUCGAAAAGUGUCGGAUGGUUCUGGGCUCGGGAUUCAAUCGUCGACCAUCUCAAACAAAGAGAAUCGCAGUGGUAAAAGUGGCCAGCAAAAUACAAACUGGGAUGCCGGUGGCGAAACUGGUCAACAGCAUAAGAACUGGGAGAACGGUGCACCUAAUUGGCAAGAAGGUGAAAGCAACAACCAAGCUGCCAACAACGGUGCUGGUUGGGACGGGCAACAAGAGCAACGGGACUCAUCGACUUUCCAGAAUGACAGUCCCACUGAGCCUCCAAGUGGUACAGAACAUCCCUCCAAAGCUCAAACCCAGCGCGAGCCGAGUAUUGUUUCAGAAGCGCCUGGGAAGGUCGUCUUUCAGUCGUCCGGCGUCGUUCAGCCAGCAGCAGCACACCCACACGGAGGGUUGGUGCCUACGCCACAUGGUUUUACAGGGCCAUGGGCAACCCCGUCGACGUCAGCAUACCCUUCAGCGGCGCCCAACCUAGUUUCUACCUCGCCGAUGCCAGCAAACCCAGCAGAUUCGUCCGCGUCAGUGUAUCCAACUCACCCGUGGUUGCAGGCGGAUCAAUCCGCGCCAGGCCAUUCGUUGAUGGCAGGAAAUGCAGCAUAUCCGUCGAUGCCAAACCAGUACAUGCCAGCAAACACACGGGUACCAUCCAACCCGUGGACGCAGGGAAAUCCUGCAAAACCAGUCACCCAAACCACGUCGGCGUAUCCAACAGCGCCAACAUACCCGUGGGCACAAGUCAACGCGCCCAACCCUUCAAUACCAGCAUAUCCCGCAUAUCCAGCGUACCCGAUGGCACAAACAAACAUCUCGAUGCCAGGAUAUCCCACGACACCACUAAACCCAACAGGCCAAGCAGCAACCAUGUCGAUGGUCCCAGGAGCAGAUUUUGGGGCGCAAGGAGCAAGCGUUUCAGCGCCAGCCGCAGUAACCACCCCUCCUCCAGUUUCGGCGUCAAUUCCACCUCACCCAGUCUACUCCCCAGGCACGGCCGCGCUCGUGGCCCAGGUCCCAAUGUACGAAGAACUGUUUCUCAAGAACCGACCCGUAGGCUUCGAUCCGGGCCCUCGGCCGCCCACCCCUCCCAGAAACCAGGAGCGCGAGCACAUCAGCAGUUCGGAUUGGGGACCUAUCAACACGGGGUGGUCAAGUGGACUGCCUUACGAGGGAGAUUGA